AACCCGAGCAGAGCGGCGAAACAUGGCGACUUCGAACAAUCCGCGGAAAUUCAGCGAGAAAAUCGCGCUGCACACGCAGAAGCAGGCGGAGGAGACGGCCGCCUUCGAGGAGGUCAUGAAGGACCUGAGCAUCACGCGCCAAGCCAGGUUACAGAAGGCUCAGUACCUGCAGCUGGGGCCAAAUCGGGGCCUGUACUACGGAGGCUCUCUGCCAAAUGUGAACCAGCUCGGAAACAAUACCACAGAUGGGACAUUUCAGGGGGACAGUGGCAGGGGGAGCCGGCAUCAUGGGCUGGUGGACAGAGUGUACAGAGACAGGAGCCGGAUGACGUCACUGCACCGCAAACCCCUCUCUGUGGACAAGCACGGGAGACAAAUCGACAGCUGUCCGUACGGCUCCGUGUACCUGUCUCCACCGCCUGACACCAGCUGGAGGAGGGUGAACUCUGACUCCGCCCUCCACCAGAGCACUCUGACCCCAGCCCAGCAGGUCCCCUUCAGCGGAGGCUCCCAGGAGAUACAGCCCAAGAGAGUUCUCCUCCUGAAUGUACCAGAUGGAUUUAAACAGGAAUCUGAAGACGAUGGACAGAACUGGGACUGCAAAAAGAAUAUUUCGAGGUCAAAAGUUCCUGGAAUACAUAUCUUCCCAUCUCCGGAGCAGCAGUUGUCUCUCUCUCUCAAACCAGCGGCCCACAGCACGGGUGGCUCUCUGCCCGACCUCACCAACCUCCAGUUCCCCCCUCCUCUGCCCACGCCCCUGGACUCGGAGGACACCGGGGCAGGCACCUACGGCAGCUUACACUCACUCAACACACAGCAAGGAGUGAACGCCUCUCAGCCCCCGGUCGCCAUGGAAACGCAGAGCCAGCCGGACAUGGUUCCUCUGAUGCUGAACGCCGGCGAGUCACACCACCAGCAGCUGUCCCCCACGUCCCCCCCUCUCACUCUGUCCCAGGCUGCGAUCAAUGCCAUGAACCUGGAGCAGCAGCUGUCUCAGUACGCCUUCUUCAGCCAGCAGCCCCCAGCUCCAACGCACCACAGCCAACAACAGACGGGUUUGGUCCAGAUGCCCUCCCUAAACUCCACCACAGACAACCAGAGCACACCUCAGAACAACAUGACCAUCGAUAUGAACGUGUGUCAGGCCUUCUCCCAGUACCGCAGCCGAAUGGGAUCCUCGGCCAAUCAGUCGCCCACGUCCCCAGUCUCCAACCAAGGCUUUUCCCCCGGAGGCUCGCCCCAACUGGAGCAGUUUAACAUCUUUGAGACUCCCGUGAGCUCGGACAGCCUGCCCUACAGCCAGAACUCCACCCUCAACUACUCCCAGGCCCUCAUGAUGGGUCUGAGUGGGCCACACCUCCAGGACACGCAGGGGCUGGGCUUCGGUAACCAUGGCAACAUCCCCAACAUCAUCCUCACAGUGAGCGGCGAGUCUCCCCCCGGCCUGAACAAAGACCUGGCUUGCCUCUCCACAGAGCUAGACCUGGACUCUCAGUUUCCCCUCGACGACCUGAAGCUCGACCCUUUGACCCUCGAUGGACUGCACAUGCUCAACGACCCCGACAUGAUCCUGACGGACGCCGCCACAGAGGACGCCUUCAGGCUGGACCGGCUGUGACCCCGCCCCCUCCCCGCUCCCUCCACCAGCUCUGUAUGUAACCACACUACACCCUGGGUUUGGACUGACAGGCAGCAGAGAGGGAGACACAGCCAACCCAAGUGUCUCGCAAAGGUUACUGUACAAAUGUGUUUGAUUUACAGCCAUUCUCUCACAUGAACUGCUAUGUGAUGUUCAUGCUUGUAUUUUAUUAGGCCUUCAAAUCAUUGUUUAUUUUACAUUUCUUGGCUGCAUCUGAAGGCAACAUAUCACAAUUACACUUUUUAACAGGGGUCCCCUUUCCCCAGGUCUAUGACUAUCUGCUGCUGAAGCCUAGAGGAAAUGCUAUAUAUAUUUGAAAAUGUAUUAUUUUGAAGUCCCUGUGUUUUAUAGGAUUGUUUAAAAGGUUAUCACAAUUGAUGCUUGUCCCUGGUUGGCUAAUCCAUCUGUCAAUCAUGUCCAUUUGAAAACAGGGAGAUUCAGACCCACAUCUUCGUAAAGUGUUUGAAGAAGUGUGUAUUCUGGAUCCCAGGCAAUAAAACGAUAAAAUAUAAGCCUCAAAAAUGGCCCUAAACUUCGCUUAUGCACUUGAACCUCAACUCAAAGCAAUUACAGGGACAUUUUCUCAGACUUGGACAAACUUUAUUGAUCCACAAGAGAAAAAUUUAAGAGCCAACUUAGGAAAUACGAUUUUUUACAUUUUACGCUGUUGUUUUAAUUGGUUUCCUUGUAACUGUACUGGUACUUAUGAAAAAAGAGGUUGGGGACAGCUGUUUGAGAAGCUCUUAGCAGUUAUGAAAUGAACAUGCAAAUACUUGUCUCAGUCUCAACUGUCUAAAAUGGCAUGAACACCACAUAGCUAGUAUUGUUAGUGACUGGAAUAUUCAAUGGCAACUUUAUUAUGUUUACCUAGAAUCACGAUUUUACUCUGAAACUCUCAGUGCUUGAAAAAAUGACUGAAUGAACCAUUUUAAAGGUGCACUGCGUAACAUUUCUAGUAGAGUGUCGGCCACCUGCUUGUGUCUCCAUGGAAAUGUUAUUGCUUUGUCUAGAAUGUUCUAUCACAAGGGCGACAAGCAGGUUACAGCACCAUGCUUACAGGUCACAUCUGUGGAGAGUCAACCCUUUUCACAGAAGGAAGUAGGAAGUGGAUCCUCCAGUAGUUACACAGUGCAUCUUUAAAACAAAUUUACAUCUGUUACUGUACAAAGUUUAAAAAAAAAAACCUUCUGCACUGUUAUGUUUGCCCAAAUGUUUUUUAACUUUAAUUUUUUUUUAUUUGUAAGUUGUUAAAUAGCAGUUAUCAGUUAUGCAUGAAAUCACAAAACACUGUGCAUACUUGUUUUGCCUUAAAAAAAGCUUUUGGUUGCAAAAAUAAUUAAUAUUUAAAUGGAAAACAUAUUAGAGUUGUACAGUAUAUGUGAAAUAUUUUUAUUGUUAAAAAAUAGUUUGGUCAAAAUCAUAGUCGCCCUCUCACUCUCCUUCAGAACUGGAGGAAGACACUACAGACGUAUGAACUAAAUAUAUGAAUCAUAUAUUCAAUCGAAUAACUAACAUGUUAUUUAUCUAAUGCCUUUUAAGAUGCAGAAAGGCGCAGUGUAAAUGUAUAGCGCCCCCUAUUUUUAAGUGGAGUUUUCUAUUCUAUUGUAUUUGUAUAGGCUCUAGUGUUGGUAGGAAAACAUGUGGCAAAACUCAAGUACGUUUACAUGGACAGUUUGUUAUUCCAAUGAUAUUUUAAACCAAAACCAGGGGAGUUGACGGGGGGAACAUGGGGGUCUGUUGUCCUGGUUCCCAGAGUCGUACUGGCUGAAAAAUUAGAACCUCUGCCUGUUAAUUAAUAUUAGAGGGGGGCCCACAUGAGUCUUCUUGCCCCAUGCCUCCAAAUCUGUUGAUGGGCCUCUUCAGAACACACAGCAUAGUGGCAUAGAUAAUACAGUUCAUGCCCUUAAAAAAAUGAUCUUAAGCUAUAAAAACCACAUGGUAAAAUAAAACAAACACUACGAUUUAAUGUUGAAAAUGUUGUCUAAAGAAAAAUUUUUUUAUUAUAAUUGUGGUAUUAAAUUAGUAUUGAGUUUUGUGUCCAUAGACCGUAUAAAGAACUGGACUAUGGGAAUGUGAUGUAACCCAUAUCGUUCGGCUCCAGUCAAAUGAAGCUCAUCAAGGCUGGCCGAAUAUUUUAAGACCAAAACGACGAGCCUGACAGAAGCAUUUACAGAGAGAGGGGCAAAAGAAAGCAAUAGAAAAUGAACUGGAACCAGUCGAUGGAGCCAGUGUUCUGUCGAAACGGGCUUCCUGUCGAAAUGAGCUACCAGCAGCCUAAAAUGACAGUGACGUGUAUCAAUUCAUACUAACCCGUUGAAAUUAGCUACCUUACGUUUUUCCGUUUACAGUUGUAUAGAUCCAAUAAAGCCAACCUCAGUUUUACAACAUAUUUCUUUGGAUUAGAGACGCAGGUUUGAUGCUGUUUGCACAUGGUGAUCAUAUUUUAUACCUUAGUUAUGUCAUAUUUCAACUAAUUUAUAUGAUUAUGGGUCCGGUCAAGUGGUAACGGAGGGAAACGGGCAGAUUUUUGACAUUCAAAUAGCUCUUAUUCAAAAAUUAGAGGGACUAUUGAAAUAAGUAAAGUAUCAGAAUGUAGGAAAGAGUUACACUCCAACAGGGUCAAGUUAAACCUGUGAUUUUCUUUCAAGUUGUUGACAAAAAAUUUAAAAACUCAUGUUGGUAACGGAGGCAAUGAAAUAUGCAGCACUUUUUGGGCAAUAAAUCCAAACAGUGAUAACUCUUGGUUCUCACUUACAUAUCCUUAACAAACUGGUUUGAAUAUUUGCUUCAUAUAGUUUUCUACCAUAUGGUACAAGAUUAGGUUGAAAAACCUCUUACUUUUUGACUUAUGAGAUUUUUUAUUAAGAAAGGUCAUGGUAACGGAGGGAAAAGUAACGGAGGGAAAAUUGUGCGAGCAAGUAGAAGGUGCAUGAUUUUACAUCAUUUGUCGCUUUUUUCUUCCGAAUACUUUAAUAUUACUUCAAAAUGAAAGGAAACUAUUUCUAUAAAAUAUGUCAGUCCUUCCAAGCUAAUUUUUAUCAUUUUAAAUACAUUCUUUUUUUUUUUUUUUGAAAAAUCAUGUACCUUCAUCAACAGUUCAAAGAUGGAAUAACACAAGAUAUGAUGAAAUACAUCAAUUUAUUUACAUGAUUUGCAGGUCUUUGAAAUUUGGGAAAUAAUUUUUGUUCCAUGUUUCAUACAUGGUCUGUUUAAAACAUAUGGAACUUUAGAACCAAAAAUGGUACAGAAAAAAGGUCAACAGUUUCAUAAACUAGAGUACAUAUGUAUCUGUUCAGUACAUUUUUAUAUCAGAUGCAUUAACUUGAAUUUUUGGCCUUGCUGUUUACUUCUGCUUGACCGGGCCCAUAUGCGUAGGUAGUUCAUUUUGACAGUUGUAUUAUGGUAUCACGUAGGGCUCCGACUAAAGGUAGCACAUAUCAACAGGCCAGUUUAGCCAUCGAAUAAUGCUCCCACUGUAGAAUCAUCAUUAUUCUGUCAUUUAUAUGAAUAUGGGUAGGUAGCUCAUUUCGACAGGCCUAUAUCUUCUAUCACAUAAGACUCCCAUCAUAGAAGAGAAAGAAAUGACUGGAAACACUGAAAUCUUUAUAUCACAGGCUACAGUGUGAAUUUCCUAUUAUAAUAUAGUGUUAUUUUAUUUAUACAAUGCGGAACAUGGAAACAUGGAAACGAAAUAAAAUACGAUGUGAUGAAAAUGAUAACGAUAAAAUCAAAUAUUAAAUCCAAACUAUUUAAUCGUGUAACGCAGGUUUUCUGCUGCAGAUCUAACACACACAUGUCGAUGUUUAACUGGUUUAAACAGACAAUAAAACCAAUACACUUUUAAGAUGUUAUUUUUUGAUUCCAUUUCUGCCUUGGGAGCUCAAAUCGACGGGCAUUUAAACUGGAACAGGGCUUGGGGGUCGUGCGUGUGUGCAGUAGCGCUAGGUAGCUCAAAUCGACGGGUAGCUCAAAUUUACACGACACCGGAAGUGCGCCUGGACUCACUUCGUGUUUGUGACACAGAGGUCAGUGGGUUAGCUCUGUCCAGUUACUGUUACUGUGAGUGUGAUCAAGUCUGUUCCUCAGUAUCAAAGUAUCGAGUUUGAAAUGUUGGUGUCAUGUCAAGAGUAAAACAAAACUGUCCUGGAAACGUCCUGCCACUCAACUUCCUACUCACACCUGAGAGAGAUUUAGCUCAGUCCAGUCAAAGGAGCACUGUAGACUAAGAAUUAUUAUCAAACCCUAAAGAUCUAUCCAGAUGUUUUAUGUUUACAACUUUUUGUUUUCUGUUCGACCUGUACAGAAUGUGACUGCGUUAGUGUGACGUGAACUAUGCAAAAAAAAAAUUGAUGUCGAAGAGAAAUUUAACCCUUAGCGUAAAUUAGCGAACCACACACAGCCAGUGCCAUGGUGGACUCUUCUUUCUUUUUGAACAAUGAGGAAGUGCAGCUCCUUUAGUCGAAUGUUGUGUUUUUGCCGAUGGGUGAACGCCUCUUCAGUCACAGUGAAACAGAAUGUAUUUGGUCAUGUUUGUAGCCUUUAUGUUGUGUCCUUUAUGGCUAAGGAGCAGGGCCGUGCGGAGAGACUCUAUAUACACACUGGCCGUCGCCAUGGAAACACUUUAAUUACAGGGAGGGGAUAUAUAUCGAAAAAAUUUAUAUCAAUACUUUUGUUUUGGAGAUGUAUUGAGUAUUGAUACUUUGCAGCUGAUGUCAUGAACAUUCUCUGAGGGGCGACGCUAACUUAAGGCACUGCUCUGACUGAAGCUCUGUUACUCAAAUUUGGACUUUAACCUGAACUUUUUCUGAACACAAUUUGACUAGCGUUUAGCUUCAGCCAAAUGAAGCUCAUCAAGGCUGGCAGCUGCUGUGAGUAUCAUAGCAACCAAAGAGCCAAUCAGGAGCGAGGCUGUGUACUGUCAAAAAUAGAGGCAAAAAAUAGGGAUGAGCAAAACCUAUACAGGAAUCGAAUAUAGGUACUAUAUAAAAGAUAGUCUUAUAUAGCACUCUUCCAGGUGCUCAAAGUGGCUUUAAAAUUUCGAGCAUUAUGUAUUCACAGCUGCCCUGGGGCACACUGAAAGAAACAAUGCUACCAAUCUAUGCCAAUGUCCCCUGGGACCACCUCCAGCACAUACCACAUUCAUACUGAACCCUGUAAAUUUUGAACCAGGGAUGGGCAUUUGAUUAAAUUUUCUUAACCGAUCGUUGGGAGAAUUAAUGAUUGAUUAAUCACUAAUGUUUUUUAUAUUAAAAUUUAUCAUCAUUAUUAUUACUGUUUGCACUACUAAUCUGCAUAAAUAAAUUCAACUUUACGACAUAUAAACCAUAAACACUCUAGAGCCACAUCAGCCCGUUUGACAUUAUAAUGUGUUAAUGCAGAUUUGCGCAAGUCUCACUGAAACAAAACUUAAAACCACAUCGCUAAUUUGCAUAAAUUAAGCGAAGGGAAAAAAACAGCUCAUGUGCACUGAUGCGGCACGACUCAGUGGAAUAGAGGUUAGUGUGACCAUAUUUGCAUUUGUCAAAACCAGGACACUGUACGGGGGGUGGGAGGUGGGGUCUCGUCAUCGACUCUCACCUGGCAAAACUUUUUAAUGUUUUUGGCAUCCUGGUGAGCGUUUUCCCACUGGACACUGAAACAUAUGUGCUGCUUUGUACAUUGUGCACACGGACUCACACUUGUCCCGACCGGAAAGGAAAGCGUGGAAUUUCUUGUACAAGUCAUCGUUAAAUACACAUUUGCACUUUGGCAUGUUGCAGACUGACCGACUGUUUGUGUCUCGCUCCUUCUGAUGCAGAGAGACACAUGUACAGACUCCUGUUUAGUCACGCUACGCACAGCAACCUAUAUUCGGUUUGUCGAUUAAAAUUAAUGUAAUCGAUGAUGAUCAAUUAUCCAUUAAUUGACUAAUCAUGUCCAUCCCUAUUUUGAACAUUGAAUUUUUCUCGAGUUUUCAGACUAUUUUAUAACAUAUUUGACCGUGUUUUCUAAUGUGUGCAUUGUGUCACCACCAAGCCCGUGGAAAUUUCGGAAACAAGAAACCUCACACGGGCCCCCCUCUAAUAUAAAUGAAUGAGAAGAGGGUUCAAUUCCAGGCCCUUAAGACCUUGGGGACAAUAGAUCCAUUUUCCCACCUCGUCGACUGCCCUUGUCACCAUGGUAACUGCCGAACCUUCCUCCACAGACAUACAGGCAGAACACCCCCACUGUGAUGUCACCGCAAAGUAUCAAUAUUCGAAAGUUACGAUGAAUUAGAACUGCAGGUGCAUUUCUAAGACAAUAUAAAUGGAAUCGUUCAUUUGUGUUGAUUUUUGAGCUCUUGUGUGUGCAGUAGUGUUUCCUCCAGCCCUCCUCUGAUCUCUGUAGAGCUGUGUGCACUUCCGUCUCUCUCAGUAUUCCCCUGAUGUUUGUACUGUUAUCUCGUGCAUUGAUGUUGCUUCCAGUGUGUGCGUUUGCUUUUUGCACCCCUCUCUCCUCAUUGGCACUUUAAACAUCGUCUUUUGAACCAAACCCACGUGACUGUUACUGUACGUGCACUGGACCUCUCUGCCCUAUCUGUGACGAAACCUGCCUUUAUGUAAAAUAGAGAUGAAAGAUCAGAGUUAUUUUAAAAGUCAAAAAACAGAUUUAAGAAAAUAUUUUGUUAUCCCGCUGGUGCUUUUCCUAAAUUUUAUAAAUUCUGUAAAAGUUCAAACCGGGUGAUCGGAUAUUUCUCUGGGAUCGUGCGAUGGCCCCCCUUCUGUGCUCUCCUCAUGUGCCAUGGCUUUGUAUUGUCAAAAAACAGAGGCAAAAAAAUAGGGAUGUACCGAUACCGAUACUGGCAUCAGAUAUUGGUGCCGAUACUGAAUGGGUAUUGGUUAAUAUUGAUGAAGCAGAUAUACUGAUUGAGCUUUUUAUUUGAUGUAAUAAGGCUGAUUUUGACCCAGAACUAACAACUGUUAUUAAUCCUUCAAAGGAAUAUGAAUAUGGGUCCGGUCAAGCAGUAACAGAGGGAAACAGGGGCAGAUUUUUAACAUUCAAAUGACUCUUAUUCAGAAACUAGAGGGACUAUUGAAAUAAGUAAAGUAUCAGAAUGUAGGAAAGAGUUACACUCCAACAGGGUCAAGUUAAACCUGUGAUAUUCUUUCAAGUUGUUGACAAAAAAUGUAAAAACUCAUGUCGGUAACGGAGGGAAUGAAAUAUGCAGCACUUUUUGGGCAAUAAAUCCAAACAGUGAUAACUCUUGGUUCUCACUUCCAUAUCCUUAACAAACUGGUUUGAAUAUUUGCUUCAUAUAGUUUUCUACCAUAUGGUACAAGAUUAGGUUGAAAAACCUCUUACUUUUUGACUCAUGAGAUUUUUUAUUAAGAAAGGUCAUGAUAAUGGAGGGAAAAGUAACUGAGGGAAAAUUGUACAAACAAGUAGAAGGUGCAGGAUUUUACAUCAUUUGUCGCUUUUUUCUUCUGAAUACUUUAAUAUUACUUCAAAAUGAAAGGAAACUAUUUCUAUAAAAUAUGUCAGUCCUUCCAAGCAUUAUCAUUAUCAUUAUCAUUUUAAACUUUUUUUUUUGAAAAAUCAUGUACCUUCAUCAACAGUUCAAAGAUGGAAUAACACAAGAUAUGAUGAAAUACAUCCAUUUAUUGACAUGAUUUGCAGGUCUUUGAAAUUUGGGAAAUAAUUUUUGUUCCAUGUUUCAUACAUGGUCUGUUUAAAACGGAUGGAACUUUACAACCAAAAAUGGUACAGAAAAAAGGUCAACAGCUUCAUAAACUAGAGUACAUAUGUAUCUGUUCAAAACAUUUUUAUAUCAGAUACAUUAACUUGAAUGGCCUUGAUGUUUACUUCUGCUUGACCGGGCCCAAAGGUGCACUAUGUAACUUUUUGGUCCACCUUUUUUUUCUAUGGGUAUGUCAUUGCUCUGCUUGGAAUGUUCCACAGUAUGACAUUAAAUAGCUCUACUUUACAUGUAUUAAAUCACAGGUGGUUUUAUUGCUCAAAAAUAUCUAGAAAAACAGACAUUGUGAUUGUAAAGUCAAGUCGCCUCUCCACAGAUCUGACCUGUAACCUAGCCUGGUUUUGUCUCCAUGCUGUUAGAAUGGUUUAAAGCCAUACUGUGAAACAUUCCAAACAAACCAAACAAUAACAUCUCCAUGGAGACAGACAGACAUUUGACAGACCCUCCACCAGAAAAGUUACACACUGCACCUUUAACAGUUUUAAGGAAAUAAGUAUCAUUUUCCGUUCCUGCUCUGGUAUUGGUUAAUAUCAGAUACUUAAAGCCAAAGUAUCGAUAUCGGAAGUGAAAAAAGUGCAUCCCUAACAGAAAGAACAGAUUUUGUGAUGAUCCUGUAUUUGUUUAAAUCCUGAUGCAUGAAAUGGACUGUACUGUUUCUGUACUGAUAAUCCAGCACCAUAACAAUACUUCAUUUUGAUCAUUUUAGAAAGUGUCUGUAUCUCUGCGUUCCAUUUCUCCUCACAGGUCCACUCUCAGAGUUUCUGUUUCUGUGUUCCAGUACAAUUAAAGUUUAUAAUGACAUACAACUAGCAAUAAAACUCGUAUUGGAACCAGCCAAAAGAAGAAUAAAUCUUAUGAAGCCAGACAUUGUUAUUACAGUUAUAUUGUGUUAUAAAUCAAUGUUUGAGAGUGAUUGUUUUUGUUGACAUUUUCGAUAUCGAUAUUGUAUCACUAAUUUAGUAUCACGAUAUAUUGAUAGUUCAGUAUUUUUGCACCCCCUGUGGACAGUUCAAGCAAUCUAAAGUGAGAAAACACAGGUACAAUCAAUAUUUUAACUGUUGAAAAUCAAACUUGGAAGUAAAAUGUUGCAGAAAAAUCCAACCUUUGAGGACAACUGGAAUGCAGCAUAUGUCUAGUAUACUUUUUUAUUUUCAUUUCUUUUUUUUUUUUUUCUUUUUUUUGGGGGGGGGUUGAUCACUAUUUGCCAAUUCAAAGGGUUAAAUUUGUCAUACUUGUGAUAAAAAAGACAAAUAGUUUGAUCCUUUGUAGCAGCUGCUGCUGCUGCCAACUGCUAAUACUGUUUUUUCCUUGUUCAAAUGAUAAAUCACACCAUCUGUUUUAUUAAUAUUUCUCCCUUUGACUCUGUUCUAUUCAAUCCUGACCUUUCAUGGCUGAAAUGUCGGCUUUAUUUCUGUUUGAUAGUGUCUUCUGUCUCUGUAAGUGCAAUGUGAACCUAAACCUAAACCGCUUUUUAUGCACAUAUGUAAAAGUUAUUCAACUAUUCUCUCUAUAUGCUUUUAUUUGGUGCAGUUUUUUCUUUUUUAUCAUUUUAAUGUCAUGGUAAUGCCUUGUACAUUGCUCUAUAUGUUAGAACGCGCUCAACCUGGACUGUCAUUUCAACUGUUCUGACUAUUCUGUUGGUAUUUCGAUAUUUAAAUAUGGUCAAAUAUGGCAAACACAUGUCCCUAAAUUUUCUGCAAGGGCCUGCACCUGAUAGGGCAGCCAAAAAAAUCUAUACUAAAAGUACUACCUGAGAAAAUACUGUGUAAAAUUGAUGGAUUACUUUUUACAAUUUAAACUGAUCAGCUUUUACCUUACCAUGGAACUUGACUAGAACAAAUAAAAAUCAGGUACUGGCCCUUCAACAGAAGCUUCAAUACACCAUCAGCAAGUUUUUACCAUUUUGUGUCGAGGUUAACAGAAGAAUCAGUGUAACAUUUUAAAGUGCAUAUGACAGAUUCAGAUAUCCUCUAAUUACAAAAACAGAAUCUUCAACCUAUGUCAUCAAAACUGAAAAUUACACCCACAAAAUGCAGAGACGAUUUACAAGUAAAGAAAGGCAUUUUUCUGACUUUUUGGGUGGGGGUCCGUCACCUGCUUGUUUCUAUGGAGAUGUCACUGCUCUGCCUGGAAUGUUCCACAGUAUGACAUUAAACAGAUCUACUUUACUUUUAUUCAAUUACAGGUGGUUUUAUAACUCAAAAAUACCUAGAAAAACAGACAUUCUGACUGAGCUGGAUUGCCUCUCCACAGAUCUGACUUGUAACUUGGUCUGGUUUGGUCUCCAUGAAAAUCGAAAGGUUACACAAUGCACUUUUAAACCUUCAUUUAACAAACAAUGCUGCAGUUUAUCUUUAAGGAGUCUAAUUAUAACUAUUGUGCAGUUUAGUCAAGUUUUGGCCUUAGUUAUCACGAGAACCAAAACUUUCAAACCUUCUAAAGUGGACAAAACUAUGCAAAAAUCUUCAAUAUAAUCUUGAAAUGCGUAGGCUAACCUGUCAUAUGCACUUUAAACAGUAGUUACUCCUCCUAAGCCAAAGUUGAAUGGAGCCAAAAUGAAAAGAAUCACAGUGUAUGUUGUCUGUUUGUGUACUAUAUUUUCAUAAAUGAGCAUUGCCCUCCUAUUAUAAAACCAGCUAAUGUCAAAACGAAACACUUAAACCAAUGUUAAGCUUCAACGAUUCAAAACAUGUGAACACGAUGACAGCUGUUCUAAAACCCAAUGGACUUUAUAAUGUGUUUUUAUACUUGUGGAUCAGAAAGUGUGAACACUAAAUCUACUUUUUGUGUUACUAAACCGUGUACAUGGGCAACUCUAACUGAAACACCUCCCCCCCCCCCAAUAUAAACCAGGGAAAAGUUUGGACACACAUUUUAGUCAGUGUUUCUUCUUUUUUUUUACUACUUUCUUAAUUUUAGGUACAUACAAAAGACAUCAAAUACAUGAAGUGAGAUAUAUGGAAUUAUGUAGCAAUGUUUUAAAAUGUGAAAUAACUCCAAGUUUGUGUUACAUUUUAGAAUCAGGUUCCUCACAGUAUCCACCCUUUGCUUUGUUGACAGUGCUGCAAACCCUUUUCCUUCUCUCAGUGACUUUUAUGAUGGAACUCCCUGAAAUGAUUUUCACUUGACAGGCAUCAGUUUGUUUGUUUUUUUAGUGGAAUGCCAAGAGUGACAAGUAGUGAUCAAAUCAAAGGGUGGUUAUUUUCAAGAAUCAGAACUAUAAAACUUGAGUUAUUUCACACUUUUUUGGUUUUUUGUUUUUCAUGUUCCAUAUGUGUUAAUUCAUAGUUCUGAUGUCUUCACUGAGACACUUUUGUGUUUACAUGAGAAUCUACAAUGUAAAUAGUCAUGAAAUAAAGAAAACCAUUAGAGGGUCUGUAUUACGCUAUUUUCUGAUCUGUUAUAAUAUUGUUUCUUCAUCCAAAACAGACCUGGAGUUGUGUUUUGAUUCAUUCACACAUGUUUAACACACAAACCCUGCAUUUUCAGACUUUGUACUUCUCUUGAACAGUAAACCCUCUGAUCCACCUUGUGAUGUCAUCAAGUGGUAAUACAGUGCCCCAUUAUGUUUUUAAACUCCAUACACCUUCUUUUGUAUGUGGAUGAUUUCAGCCCUGGGAUUGUCCAUCUCUACUAAACAAAAUCUAAAAGGAGCUGUUGAAUUGAAAACUACCACUUCAUGACAUCACAAGGUGGAAAAGAGCAUUUAGAGCUUCGGAAAUGUAGACAGCCCAAUACUAAAGGGUUACUCACGUGUGAAUGAAACAAAACACAACUCCAGGGGUGAUGUGAGAAGAAGGUAACUUUAUAUAAAGCUCAAAAGAGUCAACUUAGAGUAAUACUGAACCUUUAAACGAAAAACUGUCCAAACUUUUGACUGAGUUUUGACAGUGUAGAUACUAUAAUUGUCAAAUGCCAUGUUGUUUUGUCUGUACAGAACUGUUUUGUACCGAUUACAUCAUUUUACUUCACUAACUGUACUAUUUAUCAAAGCCUAACUGCAUUACAAAACCUAUAAUAUCUUUUUUUUCCAGAGGGGGAUGAAGAGGACCACUAUCUAUCAGGUCCUCUACUUGUUUUGCAUGGGGACAAAGACCUCAUUCAGUGGCAGCUAAAUUAUCCUCUACUUACUUAACUUUGGUGAUUCUAUAUUUUGUUUUCUGUGUAUAGACUUUGCAUUGCGUUCCUGGUUUGAAAAUGGAACUCUGCAGAUACACAAACGCUCAAAGAAUAUGCAAAUUUUUGUGAAUGAACGAGAGCCCUUUUGUUGAGCUAACCCUUUAAGACGAGCUUCAGACAAUAUAUAUAUAGUGUUUUUUUCUAAUUUCUUAGAGUCUAAUGGGACCAAAAGCAUCCUGAGUUGGCUGUAAAUGCGCUUGUUUAAAAUCAUAAUGGCGUUUGCUUGUUUUGACCGUACCUGACGCAUUUUCUCUCGUGAAGGCUUCUGUCUUUGUACCUUUGCAUUAUUCUAAUUUGUAAAUGACAAUAAAAACAAAUAUA